AUGAAGACUGUACCACAACAUCUGACCCAACCCUUCGGUGCGAGGGCCGAAGGAAAUCCAAAACGUAUCACUUCAAUCCUGAGUGGGAAGAAGAGUUUUUCUUCACAUGGUAAAAGAAAAAUGUGUUUGUUUGAUAUGCCGAUUUGCCAUCGCCACACCAAAACGAGGAUUGCAAAAGUCAAGAAAAAGCUUUUUGAAGAUGAUAAAAUUUCUGAAAAUGACAACAAGGAAGACACUCCAAACACAAAUAUUGUGAAGAUAAACAAGAAAUUUUUUGAGCGUCAAAGAGAGACCAAGAAAAUACCCGUCUCUCUAAACGAAAAUGAUUGUUUAUUAAUUCCUUUAAACAUGCCCAGUGAUGAAAUGUUAAUACCAUCUGCUGAACUUCCCAAUUUAAAUGAGUUUCCUAAUGUCAAUGAAAAUUCAUAUUAA